UUAGUGGGCGUGUUUUGUUCUGGGAGAUCGGUCGUGACGUAAUUCCGGGACACGGCGCCCACGUGUUGAGAGCGCUGCUUCUCGGGUGUGCGUGACGUCACGGUACGGAACCGGGUGACUUGCCCGCUAUGAAGAUCACCAGGCAAAAACAUGCCAAGAAGCACCUGAGCUUCUACAAGCACAACUUCCGCUUCCGGGAGCCGUACCAGGUGCUGGUGGACGGGACCUUCUGCCAGGCGGCUCUGAAGAACCAGAUCCAGAUCAAGGAGCAGCUGCCCAAGUAUCUGAUGGGGGAAGUGCAGCUCUGCACAACCCACUGUGUUAUUAAGGAGCUGGAGUCCUUGGGGACGGAAGUGUAUGGAGCCAAAUUAAUCGCCCAAAGAUUUCAAGUGCGGAGCUGCGGUCACUCCCAGAGCCCUCUUGGCGGCUCGGCGUGCCUGUUAUCCAUGGUUGCAGAUGGCAACUCUCACCAUUACUUCGUCGCCACCCAGGACCAUGAACUUGCAAACAAAGUGAAAAAAAAGGCAGGCAUCCCCCUGAUGUUCAUUAUUCAGAACACAAUGGUGCUGGACAAACCGUCCCCCAAGUCUGUGGCCCAUGUCCAAGCUGUGCAAGCCGGUCAGCUACUCCCCGAGCAUCAUAAACACAGCAUUGAGCAUUUGAAAGACGAGCAGGGGAUCCCACUGAUCACAGAGCGCAGGGGGAGGAAGAGGAAACGUGUCGGGGGUCCUAACCCCUUGAGCUGCUUGAAGAAAAAGAAAAAUGAUCCAAAACCCACAAGACCAGCUCCUGAGCAACAGAAGAGAAAGAGGAAAAGAAAGCGGAACAAGCCCUCGGGAAAUCCCACCCCACAGACUGCCUAACGGAGCCGAGACCCCCAAGUUAACAGCUUUGGAGUUGAUAUUUUUUAAAACAAAUUGUAUGAGAUUAGAAAAACAUGGCUGCUUUUUUCUAGAAACAGCGCCACUCUUGUUCAUUGGCAGUUUCUGGUAUUACAGCUCGGCUUCGUUCACUGGAAUACCAUACACAACCCUAUGUCACGCUUUUCUAAUCUCGCCCCCAUAGCUUUUAUGGAAUUGUAUUCAUUUCAGUAAAGGAUGGCCUUGUUCACUCUAGCCCUGACACUGUGUACACAAUUAUGGUAUUUUGCUCAUUCCGUGCACAUUACUAAUGCAUUUUGCUUCCUCCAUGGUCGAGUCCAUUUGUCUCCAACUGGUAUCCUGCGGCUGGGAGUCGUAGUUUCUCCACAACCUCUGGAGACGCCAAUGGUUUAGACAAUGGGAACUGAACAGUUUGGACUUCAGGCUGAUACAUAGCUUUUAACAGUUUAACCGUAUAAAUAUAAGCAAAAAUCUUUUCUUUCACUGAAUGCAAGCGGAGAUCUUGACUGUGGUGAGUAAUUAAAACACAAAGUGGUAUGAGAAA